AUGCUCCAAUACUUGCGCAGGUUUCGAAUUCCAACGAAAAGAUAUAGUACAAUUAUGACAGCUUACGCAACAGAACGCGCCGUAGCCAUUAAUGCAGUCCUCCAAGCUUGCAUGCGACUAAUUUCUUGUCCAAUUUCAUCUCUAGUGGCGGAUUUCAGCGCCCAAGCUGUCGUAAAUCUGAUACUUCAUAAAAACUUCCCUGAUGAUCCGAUCGUAGGGGAAGAAGAUUCUGGAGACUUACGUGGUGAAUCGGGCACGCCUUUGCGAUUGAGAGUAUUGGAGCUGACGAAUACUGUGCUGGAUCCACCAAUAGGUGAAGAAGAGCUGCUGCAAGCUAUCGACAGAGGAUCAUAUGCCGGAGGUUCAAAAGGAAGAAUGUGGACAUUGGAUCCCAUAGAUGGAACGAAAGGAUUUCUUCGCGGAGAACAGUAUGCAAUAUGUCUGGCAUUGAUAGUCGAUGGAAUUGUUCAACUUGGUGUUGUCGGUUGUCCUAACCUGCCAGUUGAUCUUGAACAACCAGACGGUGAAAAAGGUUGUUUGUUCAUUGCUGUUAAAAAUCAAGGCGCUUCCCAACGCAGCAUUUCGUCAACGGAGGAGAAACCUAUUCGUUUUGCAGACGUCUCAUCUCCAGCGUCAGCUUCAUUUUGCGAAUCGACAGAAGCAGCACACUCGGAUCACGAUAAUUCUGCCAAAAUAGCGGCGCUAUUGGGAAUUACCAAGCCACCAGUGAGAAUGGACAGUCAAUGUAAAUACUGUUCCGUUUCUAGAGGUGAUGCAAACAUAUAUUUGAGACUUCCAGUACAAGAAGGUUAUGAAGAAAAGAUUUGGGACCACGCAUCAGGAUCUCUCCUUGUUGAGGAGGCCGGAGGGAAGAUCAGCGACUUGCGCGGAAACCGGUUGGAUUUCUCUCUUGGGAGAACGCUAAAGUCUAACGUCGGCGUCAUAGUAGCCCAUCCAAAUAUCCAUGCAAAGGUCUUGGAAGCCGUACAAACAGUUUACACUGAAUAG